AUGAAAUUGUCAAAAGAGAAGCCACCUUUUUUAGGCAAACGCAUCAAAGGGUCAUCUAAUUUUUCAAGGGGUAUGAUAGAAAGAUACAGAAACACGAGAAGAGGAACAAACAAUAGUACUUACUAUUGUAUAGAGAGAAGAAAUAGUUUAGCAGUCGAAAGAUAUCGUAGAUAUUCAACGUUGUUAUUAACCAAGAUUAAUCAUAUUAAAGACACCUCGAGUAAGAGAUUUAGUCAACAUUACAAUCAUAACAAUCAAAAUAAUAAUAACCAAGACGACUACGACGACGACGAUAAUAUAAUAAUGGAAGAACCAAAAGAACUGGAAACGCAAGGACAAUUACCUGAUGGUGACAAUGCAGAUGCUGGAUCCGUCACCGGUGAUGAAGAUAUCAAUGAUAAUGCUAGCGAAAAGAAUAUGAAUGAUGUUGCAGCAGGAGAAGAAACAACAUCUGAUAAUGAAGAAGGUGAUAAUACUGGCAAGACAAAUAAUAAUAAUGAUACACCAGGCGACAAGAAACAAAACAACAAAAAGGAUCAAAAGAAAUUUGAAAAGGAAGAAAAGGAACGUUUAAAACGUGAGGAAAAAGAGGAAAAGGAGAGAGUCAAACGUGAGGAAAAAGAAAGAAUCGAAAGAGAAAAAGAGGAAAAGGAACGAGCCAAGCGCGAGGAAAAGGAACGUUUACGAUUAGAAAAAGAGGAAAAGGAGCGUCUCAAACAACAACAAAAGAAUGCUGGUGGAAGUAGCUCUGGAUUUUUAAAGUUUAAAAGAGAGCCAUCGCAAAUCAACAUUGUCAGAGAUAGUUCUCCCUCGUCUUCACCAUAUGGUUCAACUCUUGACCUUCAUGAAAAUAUCAACAAGGAUGAAAUAGCUACACUCACACAAUCACCAUCGACAUCUUCAUUGGAUGAGACGACUGGUGCUAGUAGUGGUGGUGGUGGCGGAGGUGACGCAGUUGCCAACAAAGACCAAGACACAAAUAGCAGUGAAAUCACAGAUGAAGCUGUAUCUUCAGAGGAUGGUAAUAUCUCUUCUGGUGCAGCUAGUCCAUCUGUAUCACCUGCUCCACCUGCCACUGUAGUAGCAGCUGCUCCCACACCCACACCAGAAGUCACAUCACCACAAGGAAAAGGUGGAAAUAAGCGUGACCAAGUUGUCAUCAAAGUAACACGUGCAUUUGCUCCAGUCGUACAUCAAAACGUUCUCGAGGAAACUGGUGAAACCAAAAUGAGAAACAAAGUAAUCAAUGAAAUCAUCAAUACUGAAAAGGAUUAUAUUUCAGAUCUUAAAGUUAUUAUUAAUGUUAUUUAUACACCAUUAAAAGAAUCAAAAAUAUUACAAGAAAAGGAUAUAAGUACAAUAUUUUCAAAUGUACAAUUCUUGUUGAGUCCAAUCCAACGUCUAUGUAAAUAUCCCCUCCUCAUCCGUGAACUCAUCAAAAACAGCGAUGAGAAGCACCCCGAUCUGCCAUCGCUCGAGGGUGCCUAUGCCAAGAUCCAGGCCGUCGUCUUGCUGGUCAACGAGAGCAAGCGCAAGGCCGAGGUGCAACAGCAAAUGUGGAAGAUCCACGAGCAGCUCGAGACAUCGGAGAAAUUUGACUUUUUGACGCCUACGCGUUACCUCUUGCGCGAGGACACGCUUCGCGAGCUGACCGAGGAUAGAACGGCCGUCGCUGGUCGCAGCCAUUACUACCUGUUCAACGAUAUCAUCAUGCGUACGAAAAAGGACAAAAAGUCAAUCAAGCUCGAGACGCUCUUUGUCGUUGCGUCGAUCACCAUCAACGAUGUUGAGAACCGCAGCUCGCACUUUUGCAACACAUUCGAGUUGGCGCAGAUGGGUAGCGCCGGUCGCAAGUUCACUCUCAUGUUUGACACGUACGAGCAAAAGAUGGAAUGGAUGACCGAGAUUGAAACACUCAUCCGUCCCUACAAGGAAGAAUCGAUGCGUGAGUAUGAAAAAAUGCUCGAUGAAUUUGAACCUGGGGGUAAGCUCAAACGCAGCACUAUCGCCAGCUCCAACCCUGCCACUCAAGCACAAGACCCGUCACCCAAGUCACUCUCGCGAUCAGUCACUGCCAAUGUCCUGGCCAACACCUCUUCCAAACAUCUACCUUCUGUCCCCUCCAAACCUCUUCCCCCACCACCACCCAAAUCAAAAUCAGUUGCCAAUAUUUCAGAGGUAGUCGUUACACAACCAGCAGUGGUUGUAGUUCCUGAAGAAGUUGUAGAGCCAGAGGUGGUAGUUGAUACUACACCCAAACCACCCUUUUCAAAACCAAAACCACCCGCAGGAUCAACAUUUAAAAAGAUUGUUGCACCUCCCAGACCAACCUCGUCGCCCGUGACUCCAACUGCUACUCCUACAUCUACUACACCGACUGACUCCCCAACCUCUUCACCUGCGCCAAGACCGGUUCUCAAGCCAAGACCAAUGUCGGCGGUUAAUUCCAAUUCACCAGCCAAUUCGACCACACCAACCGACUCGCCGUCCAAUCCAAACAGAGGAAGACCAUUACCAUCUCCAUCGCCAGCGCCAUCUCCAUCAUCAGCACCAAAUACACCAACUGUUGCACCAGCAAAAAUAUCACCUCGUCCAACUUCACAACAAUUACCGUUACAUUCUGAUGCUACCCCACCCAUCCCAACUAGACCAACCUCUGCUAUCAUCAACAAACCAAGCGCUGCAGUAUCAUCUACAAACAAUGGAGAGGAUGAUGACGAAUCUACACCACCAGUCCCAACGAUCAAAUUCCCAAAGGGAGCAGCUGGUUUUAAACAAAUGGCAGGUUAUUCUCCCAGUUCAUCCAAAUCCUAUUCUACGUUUUCAUCACCAAAGUCUGCACCUGUAGUCUCUGACAAUGGUCCACAAAGAGCUCAAGACGACUCAUUUAGACCAACACCCCAAACCAGACCACCAGUCCUCCCACCCACCCAAUCAUCAGAGUCUAACGUUUCCCGUGUUAUGCCACUUCCACCUGGAGGAGCUCCCGCCCGUUCAACAUCGAUGAAUUUUAGUACCAAUAACGAUUCUUCUUCUUCUUUCUCUCCACAAGGCAAGUCAGUUGCCCCUCCAUCAUCAACAGGAACAGUUCCUAUUCCACCACCACGUAAUCCAGUACCAAGAAAGUAA